GACCGCUCUCCACAUCCAUGUCGUCCUCCUGCUCGCACCUCCUAAAUGCGCUCAAGGACUGCCUCCUCCACUCCGACUGUGUGAUGAAGCAGGGGCAUCUGCCGUCGGAAUGCCUCAAGGAGCACUUGAAUGAGCUCCCGGAAGAGUGCAAGUCGCUCCGGCAGGCGACGUUCGAGUGCAAGCGGGGCAUGCUCGACAUGAGGAAACGCUUCCGCGGGAACAAUGUUGACCUCCCGCCGCCACCGCCGAAGAAUCGCGAACAACCAACACCUCCUGCACCUUCAACAUAACGCCAGUCAUAUGGCUAUGUACCCUGUCUACCUCGCAGCAUCUACU